AUGGAUGAGACGCCCUCUGCCAAACGAGACACAGAAGGGGCUGUGGAUGAUCGUCACACCCCUCUCAACACGACUCUCGAUGAACACAUGGUUAAUUCAAAUCGGACUGCAAACACCUCUCCUAAUGGCAACCUAUCACUCAGCUUGCCUACACUCCCAUCCAGCCCGCCGUGGUUCAGAAAUCCAUUCCAGCAGUUGAUGUUCCCCGCCCCGACUUCUCCUCAGUUGAUCCAGUUAUUUGACAGGCUGGUGCGCCUUGAGGAUGCAUCGAACUUCGCGAACGAGAAAGCUGCCUUGGGAUGCGAACAUCGUCCGAUCGAAGUCCACUGGUGGAUUUCCCGCAGACGUAAAGGGAAACCAACCAUACCCGAUCUCAACACAUUCAUAUCGCAAUGGUGGUCCUGGUGGCUCACGCUUCAACCGGAGUGGGAGAACAUUUGGGACUCCCUCAACAAACCAGGCGCAAACGGCAUGCUCUCGGUUGUAGCCACCUUGAAAUGGUGGGCAGACAAUGUCGGUGGCAAAGGUUACGAAGACUCACACUGGGAAGACACUGUAGACGAUGUCAUGUGGGUUUUGGACUGA